CAGCCACCAAGAUGUAGUUGAUUGUGUUUUUUUGUAACCUAGGUUGCUAAUGCCACUGAAAGGGAAGUUGUUUGACCACGCCUGUUUUAUUAUUGACUGAUAAUAAGCGCCUGCUUGACAUUCUCGACACUUGCUGUGAUUCGUUCGCGUGCAGCGAUAUACUUGUCUGUUUGAUGAAGUCGAUGAUUGAUCCUGAAUCGGUAAAGUUGAACAAAAAAAGGAAGUCUCACAAUAUCGAGCGAAAGCUUUUCAGACAAGAUGGUACGAACGAAAAUGACAUAAAAGGAUCUAUGCGCAUGCAUUCAAAGAAGAAACGGCAAAAGUAUAAUAAUUCUACAGCUGAGGAUAAAACGACUGAAUCUGAACAAAAUAAUCUUUUGACAUCUAAUUUCAAGGUGGACAGUCAGUCUACGGAAUCCGAUCGCUUAGAAUCAAAGAAAAAGUCUCGGCGGGCAAGAAAUAAAAAUGUAACAAAACGUCCGUCCGAACAUCCAGAUUCUAUUAUGAGCAGUAAAGACCAUUGUAGCGCAAACAAUCAGAAUUGUCUAUCUCUACUCAUCACCAACCUACCCAAACACAUAAAUUAUUCAAUGCUCAAAGACGCCAUACCAUCAGCUGCACGCUUGCAUCUGUUCAGAAAGUCUGGAAAGCGUUUAGCUUUUGCCAAUUUCAACACCGUGGAUGACUAUUCAAAUGCUACUAGUCGUUUGGAGGGACUUGAGUUUGACGGGGUCAAGCCAUCGUUUAGGCAAGUUACGCGCCAUGAUAAAACUGAAAAGAAAAAACCUGAGAGUGAUGAAUUAAGACUGACUAUUCGCAACUUACCAUACUCGAUUACUAAAACUGAGUUAGAAGAUGAAUUUCCUACAGCCAAAUCAAUCAUAAUAAAUACGAAGAAAACUGGGGUUAACAAAGGAUCCUGUUUACUUGAGUUUGAAUGUCAUGAUGAUCUUCAAGUUGUUCUGGACGCUUGUCAAAAUAAAGUGAUUGGUGGUCGCCGUGUAUCUGCCUUACCUGGUCUUCAUUUUGAAAUUAAAUCCGAAAAUAUGAAAACAAAUACUAAAGAAGCCGCUACAUUUGGUAUAAAAAUAUGCAAACUGUCUACAGUAAUAGAAGAUGAUCGACUUCGAAAGCAGUUUCCAUUGGGCUCCAUAAUUGAAUACUGUUCAGUGCCCACUAGUAAUCCAUCAUGCAGAAAUGUAUUUCUCACUCUCAAGAACAUUAUAUCUAAUCAGUUAAUUGUUAAAAAACUUCGUAGAAAAGGUAUCGACCAACAUCGUCUGCACAUACAAUCAUGGUACAAAAAGAACUUCAAAUCUCAAAAACUUGAGCUGAGGCCACCAACAGACGAUGAGAAAAACAAAAUUGAUGAAUCGAAAUUAAAGACGAGUGGCUCAGCUGAAAAUAGUGAAGCGACAUUUUCAGAAUCAGAUAAAAAGAAUAAAUCAAAAAAACAGAAACUUGAAGAAACGAAUGUCUUUUUGGAGAAUACUAAACUUGUGGCUUCAGACUCAGCCAAUAAGAAACACAAACUGAAAAAACGGAAAUAUGAGUGCAUAGACGUGAAUAUGACCGAUUCGCAUUUGUCGAACACUCCAGAGUCUCAUAAGAAAAAGAAGUUCAAAAGCAAAGAUAGGAGUCAUAUCGGUGAUAAUCCAAAACACAUAGUAUUCGGUCAAGUGAUUAUACUGACCAUAUGAAAAGCAAAAUUUACUGAUAACGACUUCUCCAGACCAUAAAAGCAUGAGUUAUUUAGCUGCAUAGUUACAAUUAUCGUUAAAACGAAUUGUUUCAAUAAUAAGCAACGUGAAGCCUGGCACAAUUUUCCGUCGCACCCAUUUGGCACACAUCUGAACAGUGAAAAAGAGAAGACUAACAAGUUAAGCUCGGAAGAAUCGUGUUGAUAAUAGCAAUAGCAGGAACACAAAAUUGAGUUUAUAAAAGGGCAAAUGACAAUGUGGAUAGAAAAGCUAAAGAAUGUAUAUAUCUACACUAAUUCAAUCGAUUUCGAGCCACAAUUUAAUUGCAGUUUUUUGUUUCCUUCUGAGCAAUUUUAGGUAUGUUUGUGUGUAAAUUCAAAUCCUUGGGGAAAGUUUAUGUUGUUUCGCAAAUCAAUUUUAGAAUCAAUGAUUUUUGCAUUCUUGACAACUGAUCUUCAAGGAAAAUUCAGUAUUCUUCAUACAUGCACACACCUACUAGGUAUUGAAGUUAACCUCAGAAAACAUCCGCUUGGUUUCGAGAAACCUAGAAGUAUCCCUUGUCCUCAUAUAAGGUCCUUAUUUGCUUACAUAGUUUCAGUAAUAUGAAUAUAUUCCCCUAAGAACUAGUUGCAACAAUGAUGAAAAAUUUCCGUUGUUAUGCCCCCCUCCCUCCAAAGCCACUUUCACGGUCCAUAACGCAUGAUGGUAAUCUUACAAAUGACUAAUGAUCUUAAUAUUGGUAUUUACUUCGAUUUCGGCUAUCUAAGCAAUUAUUUGGUGGAGUACGUUUGAAUUAUAAUUGGUUUUACAUUUUCUGAUUUUUCCAGAUGUGUAAUUCACUUGUUUUGGCAAAGAAAACUACUAAAUCUGUUGGGUUUGAUGUAAAAAAUAUUCAUUCCUCGUAGCACUUUUUCAUUGGUAAAUUUGUACAAAAGAAUUGUAUAAUAAAUUUUCCCUUUCACAAG